AUGCGUUACGAGUGCCGCGCGGUCGUCGUGGAUCGUUCGUUGUGCGAGACUGAAGCCGUGAAGCCCGCAACAACUGUAAUUCGUCGCGAUCGCAAUUGUCCCGUGCAAUUAACCUUCGUACGUCGGACGAUACCGCACGUCGAUUUCGCGCCACGAAUGAUGCUCCGCUCGAGGUUAAUCAAUGGACGGCGUGGAAUCAAAGGGAACGGUGCGGCGGGCGGGAAGCCCCGCACGGAUUGCGUCAAAGGAACCAGCGGCUACAAAAUUAACGCGAUUAGGCCGGAUGGUGGCGUCGGCGGCAGCGGUGGACUCGCUCGGGGAUCUUACGGAUCAACAUCGAGGCCGCCUGAAAUCAAAUCGCCAGACCAAUCAAAGAUCAACGACAUAGUUUAUAACUUCGCCGUUGCACGUCGUAUCGCACACUCCGCCGCGGAAUUGAGAAUUCUGGAUUCUGGAGCCGGCCUCGGCUUAGACGAGGAUUUCUGCCGAGAUUUUCUCUGUACAUCCCCCGUCAGCCAUCCUCACCAACCGGCGGCCCCCUCAGCCCCCCGUUUCCGUUAUGAAGACGUUCGCGCAUCGUCACUUCACCAGCUUCCUGGUAAGAUUUUUCAACGAAUCUUAAAGCUCCACUGCCAGCGAAAUCUAUUCUUUAUAUUACCGUUUAACGGCAAAUAUUUAUUCUUUCUUCGUUUUCUUUUUUUUUUUUUUUGCUCAAAUACAAGGAGCCUCAAAUGUCGCAGGACCGAUUCUAUUUUAUUUGCAAAUAAACAGAAUCUAGGAUAUUUUUGCAUCAUCGGACAAUAUUACAUCGCUUUCACACGAAAUUCCGCUAAUUCUCAUCACAAGAUUUAAAUAUAUUUAACAAUAUGAUUUGCGUAAUAUUGCAACACAUUCAUAGUUAUUAUUUUUUAUUGAAUACGGAAGAAAAAAACACAAACAGUUGACUGACAGUCGGCGAAUUUGAAUGGCACAAUAAUGGUGCCAAUUCAACUUUAAUUGAAACACUCGCAAUCAAUAAAUAUAAAUACAAUAACGGCAUCGUUUGGAUUGAAAAGGCAGACUAAAGAAAAAUGAUCAAUUGAAAAUAUAUUUCUCUGUAUUCGGGUUGUUUUACGAUUGCACUCGUUCUCCAUUUUGUUUGUACUAAUUUAAUUUAAUUACUUUUUAAGUUACGAUUUGCAACUUGAGAUUUUACGCGAGGAGAAUAUCGUCCUACGAACUGUAAUUUCCAAACUUUUAGACUUUCAACUUUCCGUUACACAACGUAUUUAUUCGCUAUGUUGCUACGGAAAAGCCAUGAUAAAGAAUUUCGCUAAUUAAACACUAUAUAUCAUCUCAUAAUAUUUUGAUAAAAAACAUUUCUAAUAUUUCUAUAAUAACACUAUUUAUCUCAUUUCUCUCUUUCUCACACAAAUCUAAAACUUAUUUUUAGAUCCUAAAUGAAGGUAAUUCUUAAUACCUUAAAGAUCUUUUAUCACUGAAAGCGACUCACUAAUAAAAUUAUUCUAUCACGUCACGUUUUUGAGAAAAUUGGACUUAAAAGUGUCAAAAAUGACAUUUGACACUUUUAAGUCCAAUUGAACUAAAAUAGCUAAAAAAUUUGAUAUAGGGAAAUUUUGCAAACGAAUUAAUUUUUUAUGUCAAAAGGUCUAUAAAAGUCUUAUACUGGUCUUUAUUAUAAAAGGAUAGAAGGUUUAUAUGAAAGCAAACCUUAAAAGUAUAAGUAUUGAGAGAUUAAUAAUAAAAUUUUAAAAAUAGAUUAGAUUCUUCAACAAAUAUAUAUUUUAUAGAAUAGAUGUUUUAUUGCUAAAGUUUAUAAAGGAAAAUAAUAGCGGACGAUUGCUAACGGUCACAUCUAAAGAAAUCACCGAAUUUGACACUUUUAUGCGAAAUGUCGAUAGUAUCCUUUAUAUCGCGCCAAACGUAGGGUCCAAAGGGUUAAAGAUGAAGACGACUUUUCAUGCCGUCGACAUGAAGCGAAGAAAGCAUAUAGACGGUGUCGAGAAUCUCUCCAGCAUCUCGAGAUGCCGCGCUAAUUCCAUGUCGAGUUCUCGAUCCUUCCAGCCUUUUCUCAAGCAAUUCCUCGGUGCAUGAUGUCUUCUCCCUGACAAAGGAGAGAACGUUGUAUACAGGGUGUUCACAAGUAUUACUCUUCUGUUUUAAUAAUAGCUUAUUUAGAUUUUUUAAAAAUUUCUUUUCUCCAAUGAAAAAUGUCGAGGCAGAAUUACUGUAAUUUUUAAAUUCUCAAUAUAUCUUUGUAAUAAAUUUACGAAUAAAAAAUAUUUUGGUAAAAUUCGUUAAAUUUUUUGAAGACAUAAAAUUUAUUUGCGAAACUUAUUCGACGAAAAUUUUGAACUUCGCGAAUAUCGAAAUACGAGUUAACUGAAAAGAGUGUUAUAAAAGUUGAGGUCGACGGCUUUGGGACACCGUGUAUAAGCAACUCGCAGAUAGACGUGCACAGUCUGCGUGCAUGACAGAUCCACGGUUCGCAUGGAGAACUUUACGAGACGAUAAUGGACAGAUUUAUGAGACUGUUUAUCGAUCCUCGAGUAAAUCCAAUUUUCGUAGCCGCGACGGAGCGGCGAGAGAAUUCCGUCCGCGGGACGUCGUAAAGAUCGUGGAAAGGCGAGGGCAAAAAGUUGCCGAGAACUUAACUUCCGUCCGUCCGCCCUGUCGGUACAAACCUGAAUUUAUCAGGUCAAUUUAUGAGUAAUUUCCGAGUCGCCGUGAAUGAUUUUCAUCUUCUUACACUCGAAAUUAUACGAAAGUGUUUGAGGGACCGAGGACCGAGGAAAGUUGGAUAUAAAGUAAAAUCAAAAAUAUAAACGCAAAAAGAAAUACAAAAAUAUGAAGCCAAAGCCAAAUGGAAAAAAAAAACGUGUGUUAAAAUCCGAAAGAUUAGAGCGCAUUAGAUAUUACAUUUUUUGAUACGCAAAUAAAACUGAUUACAGUCGCUCGCGCGUUGAUUAAUCGUGAUGCUGGAGUGUGGAAAGGCGUGGGGGUCGACAAAAACGCGGAAAUCCCUCGCGACAAGGCUACUUGGUUGGAUCUUCAUUUUCGCGAACUCAGGCUUUAACUUUCAGACUUGAGGCUUUUUCAUGGUUUAAAGACAAGCCGGGGAGGGGCCCUCUCUCUCUUGCUCGUCCCUCAAAUCCUUUCAUAAAGAAUAUCCUUCCAACUCACGUCCAAGAGCACUUGCUGUCCCUCCCCUCCCAUGUCUCUUUCGCUUCCUCGUUUCUUUGUCCUCGUCUUCCGUCUCUCCUCCACGUGUCUCCGCAUCUCGACGUUCUUCCUUUCCACUCUCGCUGUCCCUUCCGCGUAUCUCCUAAUUCUUUUUUUUUUUUUUGCACCCAUCGUGUCUCGUUGUUUUGCAUUUUUACGGGCGAGCGUAACCGACAAAGCGCGGAUCGCGCGUCGGAUCCGGGCUUUCCCUUCAAGCGUUGUGUCGAGUAUCCUUGACAAACUGGCGCAAGCGUGUAGUCUUUCGGUACUCGAAAUUAUUCGGCUAUUGAACAGCUUUCGGCUAUUCGAAUCUUACGAAACGGAAACCCGCCGAAUUGAAAAGCUGACGCACACUGGCUGUCCGCCGUAUCGUGGUGAGAUAGGAGCUAUUUUUUAACAAUUUCACCUUCCCGUCGAGGUGUUAUUAAAAAAAAAAAAAAAAAAA